AACGAAACGAAACGAAUCAACGAAACAACACUGAAAACGUUUUCUUUCUUGGCAUUCAAAAGGUAACUACGACCGCAAGAAAUGGCAGGAAAUAUUGAGCAACACAUACAGAACACUUUACUUCAAGCUACCAAGGUAGUGGAGGAGCAAGUGGAUUCAGAGCUUGAGAAACUCGAUCGUAUGACCAGUGAUGAAAUGGAAGAACUUCGCGAGAAACGGUUGGAGCAGCUGAAAAAGUACGAAGAACAAAAACGGGAGUGGCUUCACAAAGGGCACGGCCAAUACAACGAAGUUGCCAGUGACAAAGAGUUCUUUGCUGAAGCAAAGGACAGUCCAAGGCUAGUGUGUCACUUUUACCGUGACAGCACAUUUCGUUGUAAAAUCGUCGACAAGCAUUUGUCCAUCUUGGCGCCUAAACAUAUCGAGACAAAAUUUCUCAAAGUGAACGCAGAGCGCUGCCGUUUCCUCGUCCAAAAAAGAGACGUUCGUGUCCUCCCGACUAUUGAGUUGUUUAAAGAUGGGAAAUUUGUCGAUCGCAUUGUAGGCUUUGAUGAUUUGGGUGGAAAAGAUGAUUUCAGUACUGAGAUGAUGGAAUGGAGAAUUGCCCAAUCUGGUGUAAUAAAUUACAGUGGAGAUCUCAGUGUACGACCGGAUCAAGCCACCAAGAAAAGUACCACCACGAUACUGAAGAAAUCCAUUAGAAGCCGCAGAGAUUUAGAUGAUGACGAAGAUUCGGAAGAUGAUGACUAAACUGCAUGACAUGCCGUCAUAGAUCAUUAUAUGCUCGCUACAAAGACAUAUUUAAAUUAACCCAAGUUGAGUGUGAACUUUUUAACAGUCUAUCAUAGGAAUAUGAAGAGAGGCACAAGGAAAACAUUUGAACCAACAGUUCACAGUACCCAUUCCCCUUCCCCUUUCCUGGGCAGUUGUGACUCCCAUGUAAUAAGGACAGGAAAACUCAUCUUGAACAAUCAAAUUCUGCAAUUUCUUGCCCUUUUCAAGACAACAAGCAUCCCUGUCAUAUUUACAAGAGAGUUCCCUGCAGUAAACAGUACCAUGGUGAGGACAGGAUUUCUACCAGCAGAUUAAUCUUAGUUUCACACUUAUAAGUGGACAGUGAAUGACGUUUAUUAACCUCCCUCACCCAAGAAAAAUAUUCCUCCAGAAAAGCUACCGUUGUCCCCCCCUCACCCUCCCUGGGAUGCCUAGUGGCCAGUUCCGGCUCAAAUUGGCUUUAUUUUAUGACACAGCUCACUUUUACUUGAUCAAAAGAAGACUUCCUUUGGCAAAAGCAUGUCUGAAAUGUUUAUAGUUUUCAAUUUAAACAAACUGGACAAAAAUUACCGUGCAACAUCCACGUUUUGAGCUCAAAACGAGCAAAACUCCCGAUUUUUGCCUGGGUAAGGUUCAGCGAAUGUGUACCACAGUUUAUACCCAUUCUUUGCAGAGAAAACAUUCAUUCAUUUUCAAAAUGGUGGCAGCUUAGUCGGCAUUACAAAUCCUGUGAGUCUUGCCCUGGGGAUCGUGCUAAAAAAGUGAAACAUUUAUCUAGUCCCCCCAUCCUGGGCUAAAAUUUGCCAACAAAACUCACCAAAUCCUCCGCUUGGCUGGCAUACAUUCCCAGGGUCAGGGUCAAUGCAUUAUUGAUAGACAAAUCCCUUAGUCAACUUUCAAAGUUGAUAGAAAUCAAGAAUGUGCUAUAGAACAAUUAUUUUUUGCAAAUGUAAGAGAGCUUUUAAGUGAUUUAUCAAGCUAAGUGUCAAGUGGUGUAAGGCAGGCUUUGCUCAACUCGCCAUGAAUCUGCUGAUUGAUAGCCAGUGGAUACGCAAAUCAGAAUGUAAGAUUUGCAACAGCAUACUACAGUUGAACCUCUAUAUAGGACCACCUAUUCAAAACACUGAAAGUUUCCCAAUAAAAGCCCUAUAAAAAUAUUAGAACCUCUAGUAAAUGAUCAGUGCAACAUGAAACUGCACAUAUCACAACUUAAAAAUUGCAUGCAAGAAACUCUCUUACAAAAAGUAGAUUUGUCAGUUUCUCUUCUCAGAAGAGACACAUGUGGGUCAAUACUAGUAAGCGACCACUAAAUCUCUGCAUUUUGGUUGGUCACUUACAGGAAGUUCAACUGUAGAAAUUUUCGAGAAGAACAUGAUGCUUUUUUAUUUUUUAAAAUACAUGUUUUGAUGUCUCUUCACCAG